CGCUGAGAGGCAUUCGACGUGUUGAUGCGCUGCGCAGCAUCGAUCUUCGUCGUCCUUGUGCUUUCUGUCCUCGCCUGUGGUCCCGGGUGUUGCAUGUCAGCUGUCCUUCGCGGCGCAGGCAAGAAGAUGCGCGAGGUGAUCAAGACGGCCAACGCCCCAGCGGCCAUGGGUCCCUACAGUCAGGCCAUCAAGGCCAACGGCAUGCUUUUCUUGGCGGGCCAGCUGGGCGUCAAACCUGACACGGCAGACUACGAAAGCACCACUGACGUCAAAGUGCAGGUGUGCAGCAGCGCCGCACAGCCACUCAGGCAGAUCAGAUCUGACGUUGAGUUGACGAGCGCAUUCCUUUGUGUGUGUGUACUGUAGGCCAAACAAGCGUUUGAGAACAUGAAGGUCCGUGCGCUGAGAUGCUGAGAGAGAGGAUGGCCUGGCCACAUGCAUUUAGUGCAGUGCAGUGCAUUGGCAAAGAAAGCAUCAUGAUGCGAUGCGUGCGUGUGGAACUCCCUCUCCCUGUCGUUGCUGUUGGUGUGCAGGCGGUGCUGGAGGCGGGUGGCUCAGAUCUGGAACACGUCGUCAAGACCACCGUCCUCCUCACGGUGAGGCAGGCAGCACGGCACAGCCAGGCUGAUAGCUCAGCCGACACACACACACACCCCUGCAUCCACCCAUCCAUCUUUGCAACGUGCAGGACAUGAAGGAUUUCGUGGCCUUGAAUGAGGUGUACUCGAGCUUCUUUCCGCCCGACAAGGCUCCCCCCGCCCGCACCUGCUAUGCCACCAAAGAGCUGCCAAAGAAGGCACUCGUCGAGGUCGAGGCCAUUGCAGUGCUCAAGGAGUGAACAGGAAGCUGCUCCACUGGGUUGGGUCAGGUCUUUUGAUUGCUGAAGCUGGACAGGCAGACAAGGUGCGCGUGUAAGUGUGAUGUAUGUCGUUGCCGGUGAUGAUGGGCGUUGCGGUUGGCUGCGGGACAUACGCAAAACGAGCCACCUCUCGACUUGCUGCUGUCUCUCUCCCAAGCGCGACGGCCACUACCAGCGGCAGGCAGCAUCCUGCGUGAUGAGUUGAUGUGGGAGACUGCUCGGAUGGAUGUUUGAUGCUCGUGUCUUGCCAUUGUGGGCGCCUUUUUUGGCCAGCGGGGCGGAUGACGCACAUGAGGCUUUCUGGGUUCGUCCUCAUCUGUGUGCCUGCCAGCUGUUGGGCUGUGUCAUUAUUGCGUCACUGACAGACUACACGCGUGUGUAUCUUAUGUUGAGAACCGUUUGACACACGGUGCGGUGCGUUCAGCCAUCCACGUCGAUUCAUGGACCAAUACGCUACGCUCUCACACACAUCAG